UGAUUUUGCAUUUCCAGGGGGAGAAUUGUUUGUAAACAAAACAGUUCUCUUCUCUUUCAGCCCCUGCACACUGCUUUGCAUGGCUGUGCAAAGCACAGUCAUGCAAAGCAGUGUGCCUACAGUGAAGCACAAACACAACCCAAUAUGCUAAACAGCACACAGCACACAGUUAGCCCUUUGAUUGCCCCACAUGUUAACCCCUUCCUGCCCAGUGCCAAUAGUACAGUGUCAGUGCUUUUUAUUAGCACUGAUCACUGUAUUUGUGUCACUGGGGUUGUCAGUGACACCAAGUCUGUUCUCCCCAGUGUCAGAAUGCCUGUUGCAGUCCUG